UGGGCUGCGCCUGUAGUGGUGCGCAGAACAACACCAACGCUGAACUUACUUCCCGAAACCAGGGUCAAAUAGUCUGGUCAAAAAUACUGGUGAUCUGUCUUAUUUGGAAAGGAGACAGGCAUCAUCCAAGACCUCACAGACACAAGUUGACAUCCAAGCUUUUCCAAGUCCAUCCAUCUCAGGCAGCCCUGUCCCUGUGUCGUGAUGUCAGGCCCCGGGAGAGACAGUGAUCUGGAGUCGGACCACGCAGUAGACUGGUCCAUGAUGGACAUGCGGCUGGACUCGUUCCGGGGUUCCCCCCUGGCCCAGCAGGUGUCAGCGGAGAGGCUGGCCCGUGCUGGGUUUUACUUCACAGGACAGGCUGACAAGGUGCGCUGCUUCAGCUGCCACAAAACUGUAGAGAACUGGUGUGGAGGGGACACACCUGCGGAGAGGCACGCGGAGGUCUCCCCUAACUGUAAGUUCCUGAGCUGCACCCAUCGUUCCAGGGUCAACUCUCUUCAAGGUGCCAUGCUGACCAACGAACCCCACUACAACGAAGACGCUGAGGACAUGGAGUUCCGCCUGAGAACGGGAGAGGUGGUGGAUGAGUCCACCUACCCCAUGGUCCCGCACAUGGUCAGCGAAGACUCCCGGUUCAACACCUUAGGCCCGUGGCCCUCCACAUCCCCGGUCCGGCCUAGAGAGCUGGCCCAGGCAGGGCUCUUCUAUCUGGGGGAGAGUGACCGGGUGCAGUGCUUCUGCUGUGGAGGGAUGCUGGGGGGCUGGGAGCCUGGGGACACAGCGUGGGGGGAGCACUCCAAACACUUCCCCUACUGCUUCUUCAUACUGGGGCAUGAUGUGGGGAACCUCCCCUCUCAGGCGGGGAGAGAGGAGGAGGUAGGGGAGACCAGGCCACGCCCGGGUCCUCGGGUCCCCAUGCAGAGCUUUGAGGAGAGGCUAGGCAGCUUUGCAGGAAUCCAGCACCCUAUUGACCACGAGAGGCUGGCCAGAGCAGGCUUCUACAACACAGGAGCUCCAGACCGUGUGGUGUGUUUCUGCUGUGGUGGAGGUCUGAAGGGCUGGCAGCCGGACGAGAAUCCCUGGGAGGAGCAUGCCAAACACUAUCCGGGGUGUAAUUUUCUGCUGACAGAGAAAGGACAGGAGUUCGUCAGCAGUGUUCAGUUACAAGGUCCUGGCAGGAACAAUGCUGCUUCAAGUCACCUGAAUGGAUGUUCAAGUCACGGAACAGAGGUGCUGAGGUCAGCCAUGGCCCAGAGGGCGGUAGAGAUGGGUCUGGAGCCUGCCCUGGUAGAGAGGACCAUACUGGAGAGGAUACGCAGGGCUGGGACAGGCUACUCCACCCUGGAGACUCUGCUGCAGGACUGCUUUAACAGAGGCCCUGACAGCGACGCAGAGACCGCAGAGAACCAUGAUGAGGAUCCCUUUGAGAAGCUACGGAAGCUGCAGAGGGAGAAACAGUGCAAAGUGUGUAUGGACAGAGACAUCUGCAUCGUCUUCAUCCCCUGUGGGCACCUGGUCGUCUGCAAGGAGUGUUCCGAGGCCCUCGACAAGUGUCCCAUCUGCUGUGCAGCCAUCACACAAAAGAUCAAGACAUACAUCUCCUAACAUGCAACCUGGUGUAAGGGAUUGUCAUCUCCAGAGUAGGAGUACUGACCUAGGAUCAGGUCCCGUCUCUUACUCAUUAUGAUUUAAAAGGCAAAAGUGAGCCUAGAUCAGCAGUCUUAAUCUGAGAUGCUUAAUGAAUGCUGGCCCAGGAGGAUAACUCUUUUAAAAUGGCAAUGCUGCUUUACCACCUCAAUGAUUUUAUAAACACAGGCUUUCCUACUACAGAAUGUACAUAUAGAAAUAUUAUAUUUGAGGAGGACCACUGUAAAUAUGAAUAAGAGAAUCAUGGAAAGUGUGGGGAUUUUAUUUUUCAAUGAUUGUUGUAUAGAUGACACUUCCUUGUUAUGUGACAUAUCAUUGAGGUUCACCUGACAAUACCCAAGAGGCAAUGGGCCUCAGUUUCCCAUCUUGGUAUGAAGAUUCAAAGGUUGAGACUAUAUGGAGUACAGCUAUGAACAGAAAUGACUUUACGCAGCAGGUUAGGAGAAGGUAAAGGUUAGGGUUAGAUGAAAAUGCUACAGUUGUCCCUGACGUGAGUUGAACAUGCAGCUUUUUGUCCAUGGCUGUAUCCAUCUACCCACAGUUCUGAUACUUACAUUUAGCAGAUACUUACAGUAAUUUAGCAGAUGCUCUUAUCCACAAUAGUGAGUGCAUACCUUUUAAUUUAUAGGUCCGCUGUGCAGCACCAUGAUCUACCAUUGCAGCUAUCAACAGUGCCUUUUCAAACAAUCUCAUUUACUUCUGUGUGUUUUCUUUAUUCAGACUAUCACAUCAUUUCCAUGUUUUCUUCAUAUUUCUCUUAAAAUUAUGAAGUUGUUGACUGGGCUUUUGUUAUUGGUUUGCAAGUCAUGUGUUUCUAGUUAGUUUGCAAAGUACAUGUUUCUGAAGUAGAAGUUCUGAGAGUUCCCAAACGUACUGUCUGUUCCUUGGGCCAACUAGUAUGCUUUCAGUGUGGGACUCUUUUAUGAUUCAUUAUGUGUGCUGUGUGAAUAAAUGGAUGAAUUGUA